AUGUCGUCCUUCGGAGCAAAGAAGGUUGUGAGAACCUACUCGCGACAAACAAAGCGCCAACUCUACGAUGAGGAACCGCCCACCAAACGAAGACGCGUCGAGACCACCACUGAAAGUACCGAAGCCGCGACCUUAACGUCACUGGAUGUGGCUCCUGCAGCCAUCGUCUCGUCUCUUGAACGCGGAAGCUCCACCCCUCCUCCAUCCAGCCCAAAAGACUCGCCUGCAGUCUUCUCAGACGAACCGCCUCGGUCUAGUCCACCAUCGUCCCCAGUACCGUGCAGCUCCCCGCCGCCCGUCCAAAAACGGAGACCAGUCUUCUCGAUAUUCAAAAAGCAACUUAAGCCCAAAACACCAGUCCAAGAAGCCCUUACAGAGCGAAGUCAUAAUGCGCAAAGCCCGCCGAAGCCAGCGCCGAAAAAGAAGCAGAUGGUGCAGAUGCAGUUAGACUUGGCCUCGGAGACGCGGAGGACGUGUAAGACAUGUGGAAUGCAGUACAUACCGUCACAUGCUGAGGACGCGGCGCUGCACAAGAAAUUCCAUGCCAUGAACCUUGGUGGUGUCGACUUCACCAAGCCAGUCGUUGAGCGCUUCAGGAAAAAUGAGAUAUGGAGUGGUCACGGGAGCUUCAUUGCCGUGGUCGGAAGGAAGGAUACACUGGCGCUGCGCAACCGGGCGAGCGAUGUGUUGAAGGUUGUGAAUACAGAGCUUGCGGCUGUUUCAAUAUCAGAUGAUGAGCUCUGGGGACAGACGAGUCGGACGGCCAAUGCAGACGCGACGGAAAGAGGAACUGCUAGUUCGAAACAGCAGCCCUCAGCAGAAUGUGAAGCAAACGCGCCUCUCGUCGAUCGGUUCAAGAUCUAUUUAUACAUUCGAGGCAACAAGUGCAUAGGAGCAUGUUUGGGAGAGCGGAUUUGGGAGGCCUAUAGGGUCUUAAACCCCACCACUUCGCCUGAACAAGAGGAUGGAGAUGCUGUCGCGCCACAGAGCUCUUCUAUUUCUAUCAGCACGGAUUCAGAUGCAGCAACCCUGGGCAUAUCGCGUAUAUGGACUUCAAAUCAGCAUAGAAAAAAUGGCAUUGCGACCAGGCUGCUGGAAUCCGCAAGAUCCGACUUCCUCUAUGGGCUAAACGUUGACAAGGCCAAAGUCGCUUUCAGUCAACCGACAGAGAGUGGAGGCAACUUGGCGCGCAAGUGGUUCGGCUGCCAGGCUGGGUGGCAUGUGUAUGUCGACUAG